GGCGCGGCCGGAAGCGCGGCCGGAAGCGCGCGGGGUGCGCGCUGCUCGGGGCCCGCCGCCGGCGGAGCGGGGCCGUGGGGCGGCACUGCCAUGGCCCUGGCCAUGCCGCUGCUCGAGCCGCCCUGGCCGCCCGGCCUGGCCCCGCUCAAGGCCGUGGAUGACUUGCUGCGCUGCGGGAUUUGCUUCGACUACUUCAGCAUCGCCGUGAUCAUCCCGCAGUGCUCGCACAGCUAUUGUUCCCUUUGUAUCCGCAAGUCUUUGUCCUACAAAACACAGUGUCCAACGUGCUGUGUGGCAGUCUCAGAAUCUGACCUGAAAAACAACCGGAUUUUAGAUGAUCUAGUGAAGAGCUUUAAUUCUGCAAGGCAGCAGCUGUUGCAGUUGGUGUUGGAAGCUCCCCCGGUUCCAUCCCCAGCAGCCCAUAGCCAGCGUCCAGCCCAGAGCCACUGGAGUCCUGGUUCUCAGCCUGGGUCUGAAGAGGUGCCAGGCAUUGACAGCUCCUUAAGCAAGGACAAAGUCUGCACCUCCACGAAGGCAGGUGGCCUGGCAUGGACUGGCCAGAAGAGUUUCAAAUCUGAGGAACACCAUGACCUGCACAGCCCUUCUGCAGAGGCUGGUGGUAAAGACAGCAAAGCGAUUUCACAGGAGAUUCCUGGGUGCACCCAAAGCCAUGAAAAGCCUUCUACAUCUGUGCUCAAAGGAGACAAGAAAGUGGAAUGUCCUGUUUGUGAGGUUGCAAUUCUAGAGCAAUAUAUAAACAAACAUCUGGACAGCUGCUUGACCAGAGGGGAGAAGAAGGACAGCCUGCGAAGUUCUGACCACAAGAGGAAGCUGAUGUCCAAGGUUGUUUAUAACCUGCUGUCGGAUCGAGAUCUGAGGAAGAAGCUCAAGGAGCAUGGUCUGUCCACCUCGGGGACCCGCCAGCAGCUCAUCAAGAGACACCAGGAGUUUGUGCACAUGUACAAUGCUCAGUGUGAUUCCCUCAACCCCAAGUCUGUUGCAGAGGUUGUUAAGGAGCUGGAAAAGAACGAGAAGGUUCGGCUUCAGCUGGAGUGUAAUAAACCUGGUGAAAAUAGCUUGACCUUCACAAAGGACCAGACAGAGGAUGAAAUAGAUGAGAUCCACGCUGAAUAUCGAAACAAACACAGAAGUGAAUUCAAGUUCUUGGUGGAUCAAGUAAAUAAACGGUGGAAGAAAAUGGGUGAGGGGAAAGCAGAAAGUGCCCCAAACAAAGAGGAAGUUGCUGUCAAAGAGCUGCCAGCAGCCGCAGAACCUGGGGAAGAGGAUCCCACAGCUGGAAAAGCUCAAGCACUCCAAUCAGAAAUCCCUGAUGGCCCAAGAAGUGACUCUCAUGGCUUGAAGGAAUGGCAGAGAUCAGCCUCUCCUGAGUUCUCACUGUCAUCUGGCUCAACGUGCAGCACCAGUUCAGACAUUCUGGCAGAUGUGGAAGGGUCUGAGACGUGUUCAGCGUCCUCUGACAGAGCUGUAGGUGAGGCUGACAAGUUGAACAGGCUGGAAUUGAGCAUCUGUUUUGAUUUACUUCUGUUUGAGAUUAGAAGAGCACUUCUUGGUUGUUAAAAUCUCAAUGUCUGCAAGUCUGGAUCGUGUUUCUGUUUCCCACAUGAAAACCCAUGUGAAGGGGCUGGGGAGAGCUGGAGAGGGCCGUGGGUCCACGAGGCCCCUCGGUGCUCUGGGAACCUGUGUUUGGGGCCAGCACCAAAGCCCAGCUGGAUCUGGCUGCUGGGACUCACACAGAUCUCCCUGGGCAUGGCUGGGGGUCCCAGGGCUGCAGGAGAGCCAUUUCCAUCGUGGUGCAGCUCUGAAACACAGCUUG